AUGUCUUUCCUCGCCUUUAUCCGGGCCUCAUCCCGCCAAGCCAUUCGUUCCAACUUCGCCCUCUCUGCCUCUGCAUUUCACACCUCAUCAGCGCGAAGCUUGAAUGAGAAUGAUAGACACUGCGAAGACCUCCCCAACCACUACGAAUCCCACAAGCAGGAGGGCCUCAAGGAUAACAAGGAUGGGAAGGGAAAGUGGAAGUCCGAGUUGGCAAGUACAAGCGAGCAGAAUUUGAGAGCGGAUCGGGGUGAAUUUGAUGGCGAACAUCCCAGUUUCGAGUCCAUGCAGCAGAAGACGAAACACUUACCUCAUGAGACCUACAAGGAAUCCGGAAAUAAGCAAUGA